AUGAGUGGAAGGACGCUUCGCAGCGUGAUGGCCGAGGCGAACCAGCCUCUUGACCCGCACAGGAGACGGUCUCCGCGGUUCAGUUCUCCGCGGAAAAGUGACAACAAAAUGGCGCCGUCGGCGACCGUGAAACGCUCCAUAACAGUGAGGAAGAUAGCGCCCAGAAAAACAGUCGCGCCGUCGGAGCAAAACAAGGAGAACACACCAAGGCGGUCCGGAGUCAUCCAACAGAAAAAACCCAAGAUCUCCACGCCUGAUCCGGUCCCGAACUGCAAGGCCUCCACUUCCUCCGGCAAGAAGAAGCACCGGCAGCCCGCUAUGCCUUCACCGAUCCUGCCCUCCUCCCCGCCGGCCUCCCCCAGUCCCCAGCCGCCACCCACAGAUCCAGACGUGGCGGUGUGGUCGCAGAAGGUCCGCCGGUCCUACAGCCGGCUCAGCGACAAGUCCAUCCACAGCCCCGACUCCCGAGACAACUUAUUCGGCUUCGAGAAGCUCCAGACGCCGGAGGUGGUCCGGAGGGUUGAGCUGUCCAGAACCGCCCUGGAGGGGUCCGGUUCCCUCUCCGGUCUGAACUCUUUCAUGUCCCAGCUCGACGCGGACGAGGUCAGCUCCGUCCUCCCGGAGCCGGACCACAACAUCCCCGGAGUGGUCGUGGCCAAGGAGCGGCGGCGGCGGCGGAAGGUGCGGCAGAUCGGCUCCACGGAGCUGGAGGCGCUGGCGGCCCAGAUGAACGCCGAGUUCGAGGAGGCGGAGGGCUUCGAGCUGGUGGUGGAGUAG